UGUCCCUAUAAAACAACGUGUAAGUAAAUCUGACAUGGAGACAUAAUUACUGCAGAGUGCAGGCAUCACCUACAGGAUCCAUGCAUGCUGAUGAAUGCAAUCCAGGAGACUGGAGGCUUCAGUGGAAAAUUAUCACAUGAUCACCUGGAGCCUGGCAUACAGUAACAUACAGGAGAACCCACCACCCCAUGUACUGUAUCAUCACAAUUGCCUCCACCUCUUCUGGCUUUGAUUACACUAAUGAGAUGGUGAUAGUCCCACGCUCCUGGUAGACACUAAAGAUAGAUGCAUUGAAUAUAAAGCUCACACAUUUUAGCAUCACUACAGGAUUUUGCAUGAUUUUAUGGCUAAACACUGAAAUAGGAUUGCAGUGAGCUGCUAUUAUUAUUUAAAUAUUUGUAUUUUUCAUGGACAUUUGACUCUGGGUGAUAUUAUACUAUAAAUGCAUUGGAACCUGACCUAAGUUUGAAAGACAUUUGUUAUUUAAAGGAUCUUUGUUGUAAAUACAGAUGUACAAAAUCAACGCUAAAGGCUGAGUAGGCCAAGAUAAUCCCCAUAUGCGUUUGGUACAGCCGCAAUGGUACAGGUUUCACCUUUAUGCGCAAGUUAAUGGAAUCCAUCGUAAAAUGUUAAACUGACUGGAUUUAUUCUACAAAUCAUGUAAAUUGAAAGGGUCCUCAGGUUUCAGCCAUGGUGGACAUAGCAGAAAGCCAACAGGAGGUGAAGAAAUCUUUCAUUGUCCCAGCCAUCAAACCUUUUGAUCACUAUGACUUCAACAGGGCCAAGGUGGCCAGCAAUCUGGCCUGGCUGGUUGCUAAAGCCUUUGGGGCAGAAAAUGUCCCGGAGGAACUUCAAGAACCUUUCUACACCGAUCAGUAUGACCAGGAGCACAUAAAGCCACCAGUGGUGAACCUGUUGCUUUCUGCAGACCUGUUCUGCCGAGCAGGGAGCCUCAUUCUUAAGAGUGACACCGCCAAACCUCUUCUUGGGCAUGAUGCUGUCAUUCAGGCCUUGGCACAGCGUGGCCUCUAUGUGACUGACCGUGAAAAGCUGGUGACUGAGAGGGACCUUAGAAAGAAGCCUAUUCAAAUGAGCGCUCACCUGGCAAUGAUCGACACUCUGAUGAUGGCAUACACCGUGGAGAUGGUCAGCAUUGAGAAAGUCAUUGCAUGUGUCCACAAAUACUCUCCCUUCUUUCAGACUGCCGACCUACCCUACGAUAUUGAGGAUGCUGUCAUGUACUGGAUUAAUAAGGUAAAUGGACACCUGAAGGAAAUUCUUGAGCAAGAACAACGACUGAAAGAGCAGCAGAAUAUGGACACAAACACUACACAAAAGUCUUCAUCCAAAUGGUUUUGGAAACUGGUCCCUGCCCGAUACAGAAAGGAACAGAAUCUGUAUAAACAGCUGCCAUACAUACCACUUAUGGAGAACCUCUUGAAGGAUGGUACUGAUGGAUGUGCAAUAGCUGCCCUUAUCCACUUUUACUGCCCAGAUGUGCUUCGGUUGGAAGAUAUCUGCUUCAAGGAAUCUAUGUCCCUGGCUGACAGUCUCUAUAACCUCCAGUUGAUCCAGGAUUUCUGCCAAGAGUAUCUGAAUGGAUGCUGCCAUUUUACCUUGGAAGAUAUGUUGUAUGCAUCAUCCUCAGUCAAGGCCAAUUACUUAGUGUUCAUGGCAGAACUUUUCUGGUGGUUUGAAGUGGUAAAACCCUCAUUUGUACAGCCGAGAGUGGUGGACACACAAGAUCCAAGGAAGAAUACGUCAAAAUCUUCACGCUUUAAUAGGAGGCAUACGUUGGGAAGUUCUUUGAAUUCUAGGAACCCACAAGAUGUGUCCUCAUCCCCUGGCCAAGCUGUUAUUCGAAGAUCAUCUUCUAUGUCAUAUGUAGAUGGACAGGUUGGGACUUGGCCCAAAGAGAAAAGAUCUUCGAUGCAUGGCGUAUCAUUUGAUAUCUCCUUUGAUAAAGAAGAUGGAAUUAAAGUGACAACCCCAAGCAGACCAAUCCGGAGAUCUGUUAGUAAUGAAGGCUUUCCUAUUAACCUGACCCGUGUUCCCAAACAUAUCCGUAAAAAUCUUUCAUUUCAACCCAUAAAUGGCCAAGGACAGUCCGAUAGUAUUAAUGAAGAAUGGAGCCAGGUGACACAGAACCAUGAUAAUACGUCACCUACCGGCAACCAGUGGGACUCCGAUGAAGGUGACCAAAACAAACGGCCCAAUGGCCCACUUGAGAAGAAGAUAAGUAUCGAUGAACUGGAUACUCAGCUAGGAGCUCCAAGCAUUGAAGAAGCCCUUGAAAUCAUUCACAGCCCAGAAAAGGCUCCUGUUGCUGGUGAUCAAACAAACAAUGGCUUUUUUCUUCAUAAUGAUGUGAAUUUGGCUUUGCCAUUGUCUCCUCUAACUCUUUCAGAGCCUAAUUUGUAUUUCAGUGAGAAAAAAGGAUCACAGAGUCCUGUCACUGACAACACAGAGGUUGACACUGGAAUUCAUAUACAGUCAGACGAUAUCCCAGAGACCAUGGAUGAAGAUUCUUCUUUGAAAGACUACACUGUUAGUUUAGAUUCUGAUUUAGAUGACCAUCUGAAGCUGCAACAAGAUUAUGGAAUUCAAAUAAGUAAUGCUAGGGAACCUAUCAGCCCUUGUCCUAGUUCUGUGAGUGGCAAAUCACAAGCAGGAAGUACAGCUUCUUCCAGUUCUGGUAUCAAAAUGACCAGCUUUGCGGAGCAGAAAUUCAGGAAGCUUAAUCAUGGAGAUGGCAGGAGCAGUGGAAGUAGUUCACAGAAAACCACUCCUGAAGGUUCAGAACUAAAUAUUCCUCAGGUGGUCGCAUUGGGGCAGGUCCAAGAGGAAAGUGGUUUUCCGCAAGGCAGAGACACCACGCAACUUUUGGCCUCUGAAGUGGUGCAGCUGAGAAUGAAAUUAGAAGAAAAGAGAAGAGCGAUUGAGGCGCAGAAAAAGAAAGUAGAAGCAGCAUUUACCCGUCAGAGGCAGAAAAUGGGAAGAACUGCAUUUCUCACUGUGGUAAAAAAGAAGGGAGAUGGCAUCUCACCCCUGCUAGAAGAAGCUGCAGGUUUGGAAACAGAGAGAGUCCCACAAGAAGUAUUUAGAGUAAAGGAAGCUCAAGCUUCAGAUGGGACCCAUCUAGCUAAAAAGGUUAAAUGGUUGAAGUCUCCUACAACACCUGUGGAGGCUGAUAAAUCGUGGAGUCUAACGGGUCCAAGUGAAGAAAACAUGACAGAAGUAGAUGUUGGGGAGUAUACAAAGUCCAUUGAAAAGCUAAAUUCAUCUCUAAAUUUUCUCCAGCAGGAAAUGCAGAGACUGGCUUUACAGCAGGACAUGUUAAUGCAGAUGAGGGAGAAGCAAACCUGGGUUAUCUCUCCACCUCAGCCCUCUCCACCUCAGCCCUCUCCACAAAAGCAAUCACCACGGGAGUCAAAACCACCCCCAAUAAAGCCAGCUGUUACAUGGUCUCCAACUCCUUGCUUUACCAUGGAAUCUCCUCGCCAAGCCCACAGAUCCCCACAAUCUUCAAUUAAAAAGGCUGUAUCCUUCCCUGUAAAGCCCCAGAAGAUACCUCGCCCUAAUGAGCUUAAAAUAACACCUUUAAACCGAACUUUGACUCCUCCGCAAUCUGUAGAUAGCCUUCCUCGUCUUAGAAGAUUCUCACCAAGCCAGAUACAGACCAGAUCCUUUGUUUACUUUGGAGAUGAUAGGAAACCUGUAACUCAAGAUCAGGAGGCAAAGGAAAUGCCUCUUAUAGGUGACUCUUCCACUGGUGAGCUUACAGGAAAUGGAGACCUUGAUAAAGGUUUGGCGUAUGAUCAGACUCCAGAGAAAAUGGAUAAAAAACCAAUUGAAUCAAAUGUGUCUGAAGUGCUAUCCCAUCCUAUUGUAGAAACUGUGUGUGUCACACCCAAUGAUGAAACAUUCAGUCACAGGAGCUUUUUGGCCUCUAAGAAUGUGAGUCUUAUUGAAGUGCCCCUCUCAAAAUUACGACCUCCAAAUGAAGCUUCUGAGGCAAAUGAAAUAGAUACCGAGAAAGAGCAGAUCAAUGAUGACCAGAAAGUUUGCUGUGGCUUUUUCUUCAAGGAUGAUCGGCAAGAGGAGAAUGAUUUGGCUGCUAAACGAGCCGCUCUGCUAGAGAAGAGACUGCGAAGAGAGCGGGAAAAUCAGCAGAAGAAGCUGGAGCUAGAUAUGGAGCUAGAACUGAAAAAAGAAGAAGCACGACGAAAGUCAGAAGAGGAACGUAAUAAGAAGGAGGAUGAGAAGGCCAGACGGGAGUAUAUCAAGCAGGAGUACAUGCGCAGAAAGCAGCUGAAGUUAAUGGAAGAAAUGGAUUCAAUUAUAAAACCUCGAAUGAACCUCAGCAAGUCUAGAAAGCCCAGACCUAAAUCCGUGCACAGAGACCAGCAAGCUGAAUCACCUAGAACGCCAACCAGCGCUCCUCCAGCCUCCAGCUUUUCCCUGGCCUCUCUGAAUACAGGAGACAAUGAAAGUGUGAAUUCUGGGAAAAGAACACCAAGCCCGUUUAGGUCAGAAUCUGCGGAAGGAUUUCUGUCACCUGGCCAGUGCGGCAGUCGUAAUGGAGAGAAAGAUUGGGAAAAUGCCUCCACAACUUCUUCAGUGGCGUCUCUUACGGAGUAUACAGGACCAAAGUUGUACAAGGAGCCCAGUGCUAAAUCCAACAAAUAUAUCAUCCAGAACGCGAUCUCUCAUUGCUGCAUGGCUGGCAAAGUGAAUGAAGGCCAAAAAAACAAGAUUCUGGAGGAAAUGGAGAAGUCGAACGCCAGCAACUUCCUGAUCCUCUUUCGUGACUCAGGGUGUCAAUUCCGAUCUGUAUACACGUACUACCCAGAGAUGGAGGAGAUUAACAAGCUUAUAGGCAUUGGGCCACGCUCCAUAAGCCGCAAAAUGAUGGAAGGCCUCUACAAGUACAACUCGGAUCGCAAGCAGUUCAGCCUCAUUCCAGCCAAAACUAUGUCCGCCAGUGUGGAUGCUGUGACCAUACACAGUCACCUGUGGCAGGCUAAGAGACCUAUGACUCCCAAAAAACUGCUCUCUCCCAAGGCAUAGCGAUGGCUGGCGAAGAAUUAACCCACCUGACACUUGUUGCCAAUGAGACUUUGGUUGGGUGAACACAGACACUUCGUACUGCUGUCUUUACACACAACUGGAAUGUAGGGCAGUAUUGAUGAGGGGUGGGGUGGGGUAAACAAAGGGAUGAGGGAGGGUGGUUAUUUAUCACAAAACUUUUUUGACUCGCGUAACUGGGAGGGAAAGUUGUAUUUUAUCUGAAUUCAGGGGGCACGUACAAUACGGACUCAGACAUUGAAGCACUGAUAUUUGCCCAUAUUAGGUGAGUGGAAUGACUCGGCAUUGCUUGCUUUUAGCAUUUUUAUUCUGGGUUGUGUGCGUGCAAGAUGAUGAUGAGUUCAUAUGGGUAAAUUUGAACUUUAUCUUUUGAUUUUAUGUGAGGAUUAUUUGCUGUUUGGAGAAGUGUGUGACUGAAAUAAGUUAAACCAUAUCCCUGCCAGGAAGGGCAGCAGCGUAUAAGUUUGUGAGUGUUCCUGAGCUCUCUAGCACUAUGAGGGCUAUGAGAAUUGGCCAGCUUACCUCAAAAAUGCAAAGCCAGUAAGCAUUUAUUUGGUUGAUCGCAUUGCAGGUUAAGUGUUACAAUGAAAGGAGUAUAUUAUUCCCUCUCCAGCCUGACAUUCCCAGAAUGCACAGCGCUACUAUACAGCGCCUAGUGUAGUCAAUACACAUUUAUACUGUCUAUUUUUAUCACCUCAUGGAGAGUGACUAUAUCUGUUUUUAUUUUAUAACUAUUUUUUUUUUUUUAAUUAUGUGUUGGGCAUAGAGCUUAAAUCUUUAUAUUGGCAAACACUAGUCUUAACAGUUUACUGUCAGCUUAAUGUCUCCCAAUAAGGUAUGAGGUAUAGCUUUUGAAAAGUACACAACUGUUUAAGUAUUCACUUUAUUUAUCAGUAUGUGUGCAUAUUAGGACUGCCUAGUGUGUGACAUCACCUUGGCAGCCACAGCUAGAUGUACUGAAAUAACACGUAGACCCACGUGACCAGACCAGUCAUAAGCUCCGCCUUCACAUUACAUCACCGUGUGCAAAGCUAGAACCCCUCAGUAACAUAUGCGCUAUGUGACACAGUGGACCAACUAUUGUAAAUCGAGUGCCAAUGUAAAGAUAUAGAAGCAGUGCUAAGGGAGAGGGAGGUAUUAGGCAGUAGGAUAAAACACUAAUGCUGCAGGACAGGACACCUCUGUCUUGUCUAGUUACUUGCAUGCACUUUCAAGAAUGAAAGAAAAGCGUGUUUGGGUGUUUUUUUUUUAUUGUCAAUUUUAAAACCAAGUAUGGUUGUUUUUAUGAGAAUUAUUGUAAAGUGUUUCAUAUCAUGUGAAAAUUUACUUUUUUUUUUUUUUAAGCUAACUUCAAAGAGAAUCGUUAUGGUCAUUACAUUUUACACAGUUUUUCACUUUAAAAUCUAUUUUUAUUACAUAUAUAAGUAAACAGCAUGGCCGGAGUAUGAAUUGUAUUGUAAUUUAAUUUUUUUUUAUACUUUAACAAUUUACAGAUAUAUUGGGGGAAUGUAAUCUAGUUAAUUUACUAAUGCAGUUCACUCACCUGAUGUUUAAAAAAAAAGUUGUAUGAACAGGAUCAGAUUAGUAUUACAUAUGCAUCUAGCUAAGUUAUCCAUGUAUAGGCUCAUCCUGUAAAAAACAUGAUGAGAGAUGCAAUUGUAGUGCAGUAUCUCUCAGUACUGCACAGUACCAAACCUUUAAGUACUGCACUGCAGACUAGCGAUGUUCAGAGUGCUUUAUGAACCAGUCUAUCACAUCAGCUCUAAAUUCUAACAUUUCUGAUACAUUUCGUAGAUGGCCUAUUAAAAUUUACCCAAAAUUAAGCAUAGUUCAAGUUGUGUCAGACUUCUCGUGCUUCAGUGGCUACACUCUUUCGCUGUUCGAGAAAAAAAAAAAGUUUUAAACAUAGCCAUUCGUGUUUUUUUUUUAAUCUGCAGUUGCUGCUUAUAUAUGUAGAACAGAUGCGGUAAUAAACAGCAGUACAACAUAAUAAGGCGACGUUGUCCAUGUAAUGCAUUGGUGCAGGGUAUCUUAAUGCCAGUCCUCAAGUGCCCACCAGUAGGUCAUGUUUUAUGGGUUUCUUUAAUCUGAAUACAUAUGUAAUACCGAUGGCCGGGAUCCCAGCUGGCAGCAGGGCGAGCGCUUGAAAGCCCCUUGCAGGCUUGCUGCACUCGCCACGCUGCGGGCAUGGUGGCUUGCUACAGGUUAUAUUCUCCCGCUAUGGGUGUCGUGGACAUCCAUAGAGGGAGAAUAGCCUGUGGCGGCAUUUCACCACCUGUCGGGAUUCCGCCGUCGGCAUUGUUACCGCAGGGAUCCAGACAGGCGGUCUCGUGAUCGCCUCACCUUUAAUCAUGCACAGGUGAUUUACUCUAUUUUUCUGGGUCAGUAAUUAUCCCACCUGCUUCCACAGACAGAAAUCCACAAAAUAUGACCAGUUGGGAAAGUUUAAGGUGUGAGAACCUUUGCAUUGGGGUGAGUGCUCUUAAACUAUGGUUUGUGAACAGCGGCAAUAUUUUUCCUGCUGCAGUUCCAGUCGUCAUGGUAUGAAAGUGUAGUGUACCUACAGUACAGGAUUGUAAGGAAGAAGGGAAUUAACAUAUUUCACUACUUGCUUGACUAAUUGUUUCUGCCACCCUAUUGUGUAGAAUGAAUUCCAAUAAUGAUUUAGGCUAGUCCUCUGCCUGCUGCAAGAUUUUAGGGUUCAUUCCAUCAAAGAAAACUCAUUUUUAUAUUCUAUCAGAUUUUGGCAGGACUUGAACACAGUGCAGAUACAGGUCUCCCAUCGAGAUGCAGUUAAAUUGCUGGCAGUCGAGAAACUGGCGGUCAGGAUACCGAUGCCGGAAUCCAGACUGCUGAGAAUGCUGCCAGCCGAAAUCCCAGCUCACAGGGGCUAUUCCCACUUGUGGGUGUCCACGACUCCCAUAGAGUGGGAAUAGAACCUACACGAGCCACUGAGCUCAUGAGGGGUUUUCUAGCGCUCGCCCCGCCCCCGGCAUACUGGCGGGUAGGAUGCAUAGUUCAUACUGAUCACCUCCCAUCCCUAUAUGCUAUUGGGGUGGCAUAGCUCUACAAACACACAUUUAGCCAUAAAAUACAGUGCUACGUACUGCAUUCAUCCUCAGCAAUAUAUUCAUAUUUCUAUCGAUAUUUGCAUUUGCAACCAGUUUCAGUAUUAGAGGAAAACUAAAUGACUUUCUAGUACCAUUCACGACUGCUAUCAGAACUCCGUUAUCAGAAAGUAUCUAAGUUACAGUAAAGCUGUUCUUGGGGAGGGGGAUUUUUAUUUUAUUUUUUAAACCUUUGCACAUUACACUUUCUGUCUGUGAGCCAGCCCAUGUGGGUGUUCAAUGGCUAAUGAAGUAUAAUAGCUGCAUUAAGCUGUAGAACCAAUGUAAACAUGACAAUUAUACUGUACAUCACAGCUUUUAUCAUGAUAUGGAAACUUUUACAUAGAUAUUUGUAAAUGUUCUAAGAUGUCUUCAUAUUGGACCAACUUCUGUUUUAGGCUUAAGGGGGCAGAUGUAUUAACCUGGAGAGGGCAUAAGGAAGUGAUAAACCAGUGAUAUGUGCAAGGUGAUAAAGGCAGCAGCCAAUCAGAGCCUAACUGUUAAUUUACAUAUUGGCUGGUGCGUUAUCACCUUGCACAUAUCACUGGUUUAUCACUUCCUUAUGCCUUCUCCAGGUUAAUACAUCUGCCCCAAUAUUCUUAUUGCCAUCUAAACAAUCAAAACUGAGGGGCAGAUGUAUUAACCUGGAGAUGGCAUAAGGAAGUGAUAAACCAGUGAUAAGUACAAGGUGAUACAUGCACCAUCCAAUCAACUCCUAUUGUUAAUUUACAUAUUAGAGCUGAUUGGCUGGUUCGUGCACACAUCACUGGUUUAUCACUUCCUUAUGCCUUAUCCAGGUUAAUACAUCUGCCCCUGAAUACCUUACAGUACUUUUGCCAACUCCAGAAAAAGUGUUAUAUAGAAUUUAGGAGUAACCAUUUAAUGUAUUAAAAAUCUUUGCUUUUUCCCAAUGUUAUUCAUUUUUAUUUCUGCUACUCGCAUUCACUGCAUGAUCUAUUUACACAGUGUUACUAAGUUUGUUACUUACAGUAUUUUUUUUUUCUUUUUACAUUCUUGAGCUUUCUACGCUAGACCUCAUUCAUGGUCCUUUGUUCUGCUUUGGGAUAUGUUUUAUGUAUAGGGGGGAAUUCAGUUCUCAGUGAUAUGCCCUCCGCAUGGUACAACUGCUCACAUCCCAGAGAGUUCUAGUAGCCAAACAUUGAUUUUUCCAUGUCAGUGACCACAAGGUGUUGGUGUUCUGACCAUUCUGUUGGCAUCUCACGCUCAUCGUCUGGACUUGAAUUCCCCCCAUAGAAUGUAAUUUAACCCAAACUGCAAUUAGCUCUAGCUGCAGAAACAUGCAAAGUUGUUUUAUUGGAAUACGUUCUGUACAACGGAUUAUAUAUACUUUAGUGUGUUGUUCACAUGGUAUUUUAUAUUCUGUUGUUAACAGUGUUCUAAUAACACAAAUUGAUCACUACUUUUCAACAUAUUCAAGACAUACAGAUCAUUUACAAACAUGACAUUUUGUUUUAAUGUUCGCAAGGAUGUUUGCCUUAUGGGUCUGUGCUAUAUUGUUUGCAUGUAAUUGAGAUCUAAAACUCCAUUGUAUAAAAUUCUGUAUAUAGGCGUGUAUGUACACACAUUAUAUAUAUAUAUAUAUAUAUAUAUAAUAUUAGGAAAAGGAAGCCUGCACUUUUUAGCUAAGAAUCUCUUGCAUCAUCAUCACUGCAAGCAGUGGAAAAUAAAAUAUAUCUGCCCUU